ACUCAUGAAUUACGCCUGCAGUCCAAAACCUAGACAGAAUACUGUAUUUUCUAAUAAAACAAGAAAGGAUUUAGAAAAAACCCCAUCAAGGAAAAUUCAAAUUUAAAAUCAAUCUUCACAACGUAAAUUUAUUUACAUUUUAUAAAUUUAAUUAUAUUUCGUUGCACAAAACACGACCAGAACAUUCUGAAAGUUCAAGUAGCCGACGGAAAAAAUCUUUAGAUCUUUGAUUAUACAAAUGUACCUUUUAAAGGAACGUUUUAAAAAGAAAUUCAACCGAAAUUAAAAUAAUUCCUGCAAAGCAUACGUCAAUCUGCUUUGAGAAAACAGCAAAGCAAUCGGCACGUCAAUCUUAAAAAGCAAAAACGCAAAACGCGGCGUGCGUCACCCGCAACCCUAAUCUCAGAGUUCACCGUUUUCUUAAUUCGCUUCUGAAAACGGCGGUGACGUCAAAGGGGCAAAAGUCACGAAGAAAGGUGCACACACGCGAGGGUGGAGGUCGUGAGUCGUUUUGUUGUGGUGCACGCCACGAGCACGAGAGCGGCGCCCGCCGAUGAGAUUUGCUGCGGCGGCUGCGCCACUCGCUGGGCUGCUCGCGGCGGAUCUGCUCUCUGUGGCUGCGCCGCGCGCUUCUCUCGCCAGUGGCUCUCGACGCGCCAGCCUGACCGACCCGCCUCGACCUCCGACACGUGCCAGUCUAGCGUCGGACGCAUGUCGGCCGUGCGGGGGUGCAGCGUCCGUGUUCCUCGGAGGCGGUGAUAUGUCUCAGCCGCCGCGCCACCCUCACCCUUCCUACUCCUCAUUCUUCUCGCCACCUUGCCCUGAGCGUCUCUUCGCCCUCUGCCAACCCCCUGCGCGUGAGACAUGCACGCGUCCACCUCUUCUUCAGGUAUUUCCACGCUCGUGAGCUGCGCCCAGUUGGAACAAUUGGAACAGCUGCCCGAUCUGCCGAGUGAGGACCAGGAACGGGUGCGUCGCGCCGCCCGAGUUCUGCAGCAACGUCUUAUCCUCAAGCAAUGGCUCACGCACCACAGCUUGGCCCAACAUUAUCAAAGGUUGGCGCAGCUAGAAGUGUCGGCUUUGGAGGACGUUUACUGGCUCGAGGACAGCAGAGCGCGGCCUGCUUUGGGAAAGGACUUCCUGUCCUGGACCACGGCUAGGCAGGCGCUGCCCACGUCCAAGGAGCAGCUUGAAAGGCUGAAAGAGGAACUAUGGACGGAGGUCGUCAAGACGGACGGACACGCGUCCUGGAGCUGGGGCGGAAUGAUGGUCGUGUCUGUGAGUGUCGCUGGUCUGGUGACUUUGGCCGCCAUGACGCAGCCCGCUCUGGCCCCGGAGGCAAAACACACCCUGCUCCAGUAUGUGACCGGAAAGUACCUCCUGCCUGGCAACUGCAGGGUCAACUUCGAGUGGGAAGAGCCGCAGAUUGUCGGAGAAACCAUGACUUUUACUGUCAGAUUUUAUCAAAGGAACGGUCAGCCUUAUCCAAUAUGUGACACGGACAACUUAUUCGUCGAGGUGGCUCAGGGCAACAGGCGCGUCGCUGCUCUCACCGAACUGGGGGGCGCAGAUCCGAGUCAGGCAAAUGUUGCUGUGGUCAAGUUCACUGUGAGGCAUGCUGGUCAAUAUCGUGUCUCGGUGCUCAUCGGCAACUGCCAUGUCAAGGGCAGCCCCUUCCUCAAAUGCUUUUUGCCAGGACCUCCUGACCCCAGCAAGACCAUUUUUGUGCGGCACAGUUCCACAGUUGUGUGCACGGCAGACAUUCCUCACGUCCUUUCCAUUGAGCCUCGGGAUGAGUUUAACAACAUUUGCAUGUUCCAGCCUGGCGACAACCCAACCGAUGGGUAUUCCGUUGGAAUAUCCGAAAUCGGCUCGUCUGGAGACUUGUCCAACAAUGUUCGCCUAGAAUAUGACAUUGCAAGCCAAAGAAUCUGUCUUCAAGUUUUGUUUCCCUCAGAGGGAUGUUUCCACGCUUCUGUAGCGUACAAGGGAGUUGUUUUGAACAACGGCGACUUUGACAUCAUUGUUCUCAGCAAAGCGGACGCUGCUUUUGUCCACAAAAACGUGGCAACCAAAAACCACAACAUCUCCUACGAGGCUCGACUUGUGAGCAUUCAAGGAGAGAAAUUGGCCAAACCGAAGAAAGUCUACUGUUAUGUGUCACCUAAGCAGUUGACCAUCAAGGAGCUGAUACUUAAAUUUAUUCCAAAAAGGCUUGUCACUUUUAGGUUGUGCCCUUCCACUAAGUUUAAUUUUUUGAGUAACAACAAUCAGUUUAAUCAGCCAACGUUCAUCGUGGACGACGGUUGCCAGCCAAAAGUGGAACUAGUCACCAAAGAGAGAAAUGUGAUUGCGGCAACAUUUACUCAUUUCCUGCUCAAAAACAUCGGAGGAUCGGAAACUUUCAAAGACAAGCAGGAUUUCUUCUACCACGAAGUCAGAAAGUUCCACCAGAAACACUAUCACGACAAGCUUCCAAUGAAGAUCAACAGAGACAAGUUGCUGGAAUCGUCGAUGAAGGCAACCAAGAGCUUUUCUGUUGCCGACUGGUGCCGCAACUUUGAAAUUACAUUCCAAGGAGAGCAAGGUCUCGACUGGGGUGGCGUUCGGCGCGAGUGGUUCGAGCUCACUUGCGCUGCCCUCUUUGAUGCCAAAAACUUGAUCUUCUGCGGGUUCUCUGACAACCACCAGGCCCUGGUGCAUCCCAACCGGCAGCGGUCGGCAAGCGUCAAACUUAAAUAUUACGAGUUUGCUGGGAGGCUGGCCGGAAAGUGUCUGUACGAGUCUGCACUUGGCGGUUCGUACCGACAGCUCGUGAGGGCCAGAUUCACAAGAUCUUUUCUUGCUCAACUCAUUGGUCUCAGAGUUCACUAUAAGUAUUUUGAGCAAGACGACCCAGACUUGUACCUAACAAAAGUGAAGUACAUCCUAGACAACGACAUGGAGGACAUGGAUCUUUAUUUUGUGGAGGAGGAGUAUGACCGCUUUGGCCAACUUUUGAAGGUUGUGGAACUGGUGCCAGGUGGAACCAAAAUCCAUGUCACCAACACCUCAAAGCACCAAUAUCUGGAUGCCCUGGCUCAGUACCGACUUGCCAAUAACGUGAAAGACGAGAUGGAGGCGUUUCUCAAGGGACUCAACGAACUCAUUCCUGACAACCUGCUCAGUAUAUUCGACGAAAACGAGCUUGAGCUUUUGCUGUGUGGCACAGGUGAAUACAGCAUAGCAGACUUUAGGGCGCAUCAUAUCAUCAACGGAGGCUCGACCGAGUUCCGGCGCAUACUGGACUGGUUCUGGACAGCCGUGGCCAAUUUCACGCAGGAGGAGAUGGCGAGACUUCUUCAAUUCACCACGGGCUGCUCCCAACUCCCCCCUGGAGGGUUUGCCGAGCUGAGUCCCAGAUUUCAAAUCACGGCUGCUCCCACUUUCGGAAAUCUUCCCACAGCGCAUACUUGCUUCAACCAACUCUGCCUACCGGACUAUGAAAGCUAUGAACAAUUUGAGAAGGCACUGUUGCUGGCCAUCAGUGAAGGGACGGAAGGCUUCGGCAUGAUUUAAGCAGGCACCUAGGUUUUUUUUAUCGAAUAGGAAAGCUUUUCAGCCUGGUGUUCACACAUUGUGCCAUAAUCGAGACAGUUUUUUUUUCAUUUCUGUUGACUUAGAGGAUCAAACCAGUAUUUCCGUUUUAUAGACUGACAGUUGAAAAAAGAAAUCAUGAAAUGUGAAGCGUGAAUUUGGUUUUCCUCUCCAUUUAAAUUGUUAGACGAAAGUUGUUGAAAAAUCCAUCCAUAAAAAGUUAACUGAUAACUUGGGAAUAAUAAUAUCAUAUAGACAUUCGCUAGGACUCCUUCUUGAACAAUUUUGGCGCGCACGUCAUUUGCGCAACUUGGACGAAAAAUUUGAAUAAUUAUAUUGCAUUGGCAAAAAAAAAUAUAACACACGCAUAUUUUCUUCUCAAAAGCAAGCACGCAUCUAUUGCUACACACGUAUCUCAGACGUUAGGCUAAGUAAGAUUAAUUGAUCUCUACAAAAGAUUUGAUGUUUGCAGAAAGAGGGGCAAAAUUCAAGAAUUAUUAAUUUUGAAUUUGCCGUCACGCGGUUUUUACGAAGAGCGAAGAAUACGAAAAUUAUAUUACUUAGCUGAAGUAGCUUAAAACGCUGUAGUGAUAUUUACAAAAAAAAAUAGUCAAGAUCUACUUUUAAAUGGAAAUUAAUUAAAAAUGAGGUGACAAUAAAAUGCAAAUGGAGACUUCUUGCGAGAAAAAAAUAAUUUUGUACUCCACCCAAAGUUUGUGUUGUUCUUUGGAUGUGAAUUUAAUUAAAAAAAAAACUGA